AAAUCUAAAAGUGCGCCACCUAACGACCAAAUAAAACCCGGGAGAAUUUGAGAUUGGAGAAAUUGUGCUUUAUUUAUUCAUACCCUGCAAGAUUGAUCAGAACCUUUAAUCAGUUACUGUUUAAAAUGAAAGGAUUUCCGCCUCCCCCAGAAAUCGGUCAAGUAACAGUAGCUGAAACAAAUGGUGAUCUGACAACUGUUGGCUCAGCUCAUGUUCAAGACAGUUUACAAGUUCUGUGUUCAGGUUAUCCCCAAGUUACUGUUUUACCAGAAAAUAGCAGAAAUUCUGUUCCAAGAGAAAGUGCCAAGUCAGCAUUUUUGCCUCAUGAUGAAACUGUGUGGAAGAGAGCUCUGAAUGCUUGGUAUGAGCAUGGAUUUACAGGAAGUUUUGAAGAACUGGUCAACAGUAAAGAUGACGUACCAAGCAUUAUAGCUUCUACAUCAACAAGUUGUUUAACUUUGUUACGCUGGGCUACGUCUCUUAAUGGAUCCCUCUUUCCUCAUUUAUCACUGUCAAACGAGGACUUGAUAACCAAAUUUACAACAAUAUCAGAUUGGUCCCAUAGUCCUAUCCGAGCGUUUGCGUGGCAUCCCCAUGUCACAAAGUUUGCCUAUGCUUUACACGAUGAUUCUAUUAAAGUUCACUCGAUGGGGAAUACCCUUGUACCGGUCCUCAAACACAAACUACAGAAAUAUGUAGCAGAUAUCAGCUGGCAGCCUUUAUCAGCAUCUGUGUUAGCUGUGGCAUGUCAGACGUGUGUGCUUAUAUGGCAUAUAGACCCAACAUCAUUAGCUGCCAGACCGUCUGCUAGUUGUGUACAGGUGUUAAAUCAGAGUGGUCAUAGCCCUGUUACUAGUUUAUCAUGGCACCCUGAUGCUUCCAUACUUCUCUCUGCAUCUCCAACGGAUACAGCCAUUAUGGCAUGGAAAGUUGCUAUGGAGACUGGUGUAACAUUAAGAAGGGCUGGUGGAGGAGGUGUUUCCUUUUUGAAAUUCUCACCAGAAGGCAGUAAAGUUCUAGCCGCUACACCAAUGUCUAUGUUUAGAGUCUGGGACAAUAGUUGA